GAGGAGGGGACCCAGGGUGUUCUCUCCACCACACCUCAGAACAAAGAGUGUCUGUGUCAGCGUUUACCACACUGUGACGGGAGAUCACACAGCUCUGAGGAACUGAAAGUCUGAGGCACCAUGGAGAAAGGAAAGGGAGUGUCCAGAAAAGGUCGGAAGCUGGCAUCCAGCCGCCGGAGGCAGGCACGAGAGCCCGCUGACGGUCAGGAUGCCCCCGCGGCCCCGGAGGCUGAGUCCUGGCCCUCUGACGCUGAUGCGGAGCUUCAGGGCUUUUUCCAGGACUGCGGAGCCAAGGAGAGGGGCUUUGUCACCCGGGAGGAUCUGGCGGAGGCCAGGUUCAGCUUCCUGGGUGGCGAGGACCCGCAGAUGAUAUUCGACUGGGUGGAUGUCCAGAGUAGGGGCCGCCUGUCGCUGGAAGAAUUCAGCCUUGGACUCAAAAACAUCUUUGGCUCCAGCCCCGGUACCCACAGACUCCGCACAAAGCGGUCAUUGCCCUCUCAACGGGUAUCUGUGACCUCCAGCUUCCCUGUCCUCGAGGAGGCCAAUGCUGAGGAGAAGGAGGCCUUCCUGGCCCUUGUAGGGCAGAUGGAGACCGGCCACUCCUUUUCUGAGCAGGCUGAGAUCUGGAAGCUGUGGAGAGAGUUGCGGCAGGAGGAGCCCCAGUUGGCAGGAAACUUGGAGGGCUUCCUGGCCAAGAUGAGCAGCCGCCUGCAGGAGGCUCGGGCUGACCGGGAGGCACUGGCAUGGACCCUGAGAAAGCGAGACUCUGACCAUCUCCACAAGGUGAGACAGCUCUACGAGGAGACAGAGGAGCAGAUCUGCAGGGAGAAGCAGCAGCUGCAGGCCCAGAGUGACUCCCGGGACAUGGCCCUCAGUGCCCACAUGCAAGAGGCUCUAGAGGCCAAGGAACAAGAGGUUCAGCGGCUUGCAGAGGGCCAGAGAGAGCUGGAGGCUCAGAUCCUCCAUCUCAGCAGCACACAGCAGGAGGCCAGCUGGGAGAACCUGCAGCUCCGGGAGGCUGAGCGUGACCUGGCUGGGCAGCUAGAAGAGGUGCGGGGACAGCUGCAGGUGACAAGAGGACACUUGGAUACUGCCAGGACCAGGGGCCGAGUAUCCUGGCAGAUAGAAGAAGAGCCAAGUGUCCCCAGGGCAAAUAAGGAAGCCCCAGACCCUCAGGCUGUCCCCACAGAGGAGGCCCCACUGCCUGAGCUGUUUGGGGAGAAUGAUGACUGGAACCAGCUCCUCAGCAGCUUUGAAGACCGUUCCCACAGCACCCUGCGGCUUUGCUGGAGCCCACCCUCAACCCCAAGUAGCACCUCCGCUCCCCAGACCCCACGCGUUGUUAGACAGAUCUCCAUUUCCAAGGUGUCUGCUCUACAGUUUUCUCAGGAACCGGUCUCAGAUGGAGACCCAGAGGCGUCCCCUGGUGGUGGCAGAGAAAGAAAAGGGGUGGAGGACCCCAAGGGGCAGGAUGGACAGGAUAUCAGUUCUAAGCAGCCUGUGGACUCCCCUGACUUAGAUACCAGACCCAAGGGUCCCUUCCUCUGGGGUUUGCCAAGAGCUCUGCCUGAGGAGUCUGGGAAUGUUGAGGCAGCUUUUAGAGUUCUGUUUGCUUCUGAGGGUGAGCCUCCUCCUCAGGGACUCUCUUCUCCUCCUUGGUCCCCAACUGGGUCCAGAAAACAGACCCAGACUCCAGAUCUGGGUGACAGGAGCCUUUGGUCCCCACCUGAGCCAGCCAAACUGUCCAUAGAAAAAGAAGGCAUGAUGGAGGACCUAGGGCUGGGCUUAGGAUCCCAGGGAGCCACAGCUUUCCCUGAGGGGGCCACAGCUUUCCCUGAGGGGGCCACAGCUUUCCCUGAGGGAGCCACAGCUUUCCCUGAGGGGGCCACAGAGCCCCCCCCAAGCCUGGAGUCUGUAGACCAAGUACUCACAGACAGACCAGUGCAGGAUGAGACACAUCUGGCUAGGCAGGAGAGUCAUCCUACGGGCUUCCUAGAAGCUCAUGGCCAAGUCCUUAGUCUGAAUAGCCUGUCUACCUACCUCCCCCAGAGUCUAGAAGAACAGCUCAGGCCUGAGGAAGGAAACUUAGGAGAGAGAGGCCAGCAGGACCCUGGGUCUUCAGAAACCAAUGAGGUUCGUGGCCUGGAAGCCAGGAACACAGAAUCACCCCAACAAAGUGAUGCCCUGCCUAACACAUCACAGGCUCCUGCUGAGAGAGAAGUCCCUGCUCCUGGCCAAAUGUCUCCUCGGAGGGGCUCUCCCGUCUUGGGGAAUGGGGCUGGGCUUGCAAUGGGAGCCCCAGAGACCACAAAAGCUCUCCUAACCCUGGCUGAGUCAGAAGCCCAGUCCAGGCCCGUGUCCAUGCCUGUUCAGGUGGAGAGCAAGUCAGGCGCCCCUCAGUCCACAGAGCCAGUGGCAGAGAGCAGGCCGGAAGACCCAAGAACAGACUUACGGGAGGCUGAACAGAGCUCUUCCCCUGGGGACCGCACGGCUGCCAAGCCUCAAGCUGACCCGGACUACCUCUACCAUGUCAUCUUCUUGGGGGACUCCAAUGUGGGCAAGACCUCAUUCCUCCACCUGUUACAUCAUGAUGCUUUUGCCACCGGGCUGACGGCCACUGUAGGAGUGGAUUUUCGUGUCAAAAACCUGCUGGUAGACAACAAAACCUUCGCCCUGCAGCUGUGGGACACAGCCGGACAAGAGAGGUACCACAGCCUCACCCGGCAGCUGCUUCGCAAGGCGGAGGGGGUGGUCCUCAUGUAUGACAUCACCUCCCAAGAGAGCUUCACCCACGUGCGUUACUGGCUGGACUGUCUGCAGGAUGCAGGUGUAGAGGGUGUGGCCAUGGUCCUGCUGGGAAACAAGAUGGACUGUGAGGAGGAGAGGCAGGUGCCCACUGAAGCUGGCAGAAGGCUCGCCCAGGAGCUGGGAGUCUCCUUCAGUGAGUGCAGUGCAGCCCUGGGUCACAACAUCCUGGAGCCCAUGAUGAACCUGGCUCGGUCACUUAAGAUGCAGGAAGACCGCCUGAAGGCCUCGCUGGUGGAAGUGACCCACCCGCAGCCACCCAAGAAAGCUAGCUGCUGCCGCUGAUCACAAGCCUGGUCCCAUCCCCGAUUGCUUCUUCCCAUAGUUCCUCAUCGUGCUUCCUAGACACAGCUGGGAUAGAGAAGCCCUGCAGGGGACAAUGUCACCUCUGCUCCACUGAGCAAACACUCCAGGGGUGGAUGACAGGACAAAUCUAGAAACUCCACAUAAGCAAAGUGUCCCUGAGACAUUCAUUUACCCCAGGUGGCGAGGUGGUAGGGCAUUCUAGCUCAGUUUCUGCGAUGAUAAAGACUGGCCAAUAGCAGCUUAGAGGAGGGAAAGGGUUAUACUUCGAGGUCGCUGUCCAUCACUGUCAAAGCAGGGCCUGAUACAGGAACCAUGGAGGAUCGCAGCUUACUAGCUCACACACUGCCUGAUGCUUAGCCAGCUUUUAUAGAGAUCCCAGGUCCACUUGCCUAGGGAUGACACCACCCACAGUGGACUGAGCCCUCCUGAAUCAAUCAUCAAGUAAGGCAGUGCCCCAUGGACAUGCCCACCCCAGGCCAGUCUGGCAAGGGCAAUUCUCUAUUUAAGAAUUUCCUGAUGACUCUAGAUUGUGUUACUAUAAUAAAAGCUAACUGGAUGCAAGA